AUGUUUGACGAUGUCAUUUUCUACUGGUUACAAGCCGAAGAACGACAAGUAAAUGCUGCGCUUGACAAGUGUGUCAAUACAACAUUGUUCGUACAGCAGAUAGUCGCAACUCACUGGUAUGAAUUUCUUGAUUUGCAAUUCAAAACCCUUUCAACUCUGGACUUGACUUCGAAAGAGAAGCGCGCUACCCCACCUGGAAAAGCCAUUAGCAAGGCAGACUGGCGAGAAGAGCUGAGCUAUUAUAAUGAAAAAUUAUCCAUUCUAGGUCUUCUUCAAAGACGUCUGAUGUGGUAUAAGCAAGAAAUGAGCCUGAAUCUGGAGCGCUUGGGAUUUCCGGGCGGUACAAUCAAUGAUACAAGUUUUGAGAUACCAUCGAGCCUUCGAAUUGCUGCGAGAGACUUCCAGGCUAUUUUAUACGAACUAGAUCGGCGCGAAACGAGGGUCGACAAUCUUGUCGGCAUUGUGACUGAUUCAAUUAACCUCAGUAGUGCCUUGCGCAGUUUGCACGACGCGCGUUUUGGGCUACAGCUUUCUAUUGCAGCUGCGGUUUUUUUCCCUGUCACACUUGUCGCCGCCAUUUUCUCAAUGGGCGAUGAAUACUCGCCUGGUGCAAAGAAAUUCUGGAUGCCAUGGGCAGUUGCGGUUCCUCUAGUGGCAAUAUUGGUUCUCAUGAUCUGGCACGCCAACCAUUUGCGCAUGUAA